AUGGCCCCGCCUCCGCGGGAUAACCACGCCCCCCGGGCGCGUGUCGCUCCGGCGGCCAUCUUUGAGGCGGGGCACAGGCGCAGGGUGCCGGUUAACCCCUGCGCUGCCGGCGGGGCGCGGCUUGAGCCGCCCCGGGCCGGGGCUGAAACCCUCCCGGGCAGGGAAGGACCCGGCGGGCGGGUUCGGUCCCGGCGGGGCGGGCCCCGGCCGGUGCCGGUACCGGUACCGGUACCCGUGCCCGUGCCGGUGCUGGCGGACGUGUCGGCUACGGGGCCCGGGGCGGGGCGGGCGGCACCGAGACGUGAGACCGGGGCCGGGCCUGAGGCCCCACUGGCCACGACUGACCCGCUGAGCCCAGAGCUGCCCACGCUGCCGCUGCUGCAGAGCGCAGUGAGGAGCCUGGGGCCACCGGAGCAGGACGUGGAGGCCAUGACACAGGAGCAGGCCCUGCUCUACCUCUUUGUGCUGCAUGACCAUGACCGGAGCGGACGCCUGGACGGGCUGGAGCUGCUGCAGCUGCUGGGCACUGUGCUGGCACAGCGGGAUGGGGGGUGGCCAGACCCCAACACGGUGGCCAUGCUGGUGGACCGAGCCCUGGAGAGGCAAGACCUGAGCAGGGAUGGGCUGCUCGACCCCGCCGAGCUGCUGCUCUUGCCCAGCUGGGGCGGACCCCCAGGGCAGCCCCUCCAGCAGCAACUCGGGGAGCUGCUGGCAGGAGCUGUGGCUGUGCCUGGGCUGGACACGGAGAUGCCUGGGGGGGAUGCAGGGGUGAGCGGCCCAGGGCAUGGCCUGGCAGGGGGGCAGGCAGCCACUCAGGCUGAAGCCCCCAAUGCUGAAGGCAUGGAGGUGGAGGAAGCCCCUGAGAUUGAAGCCCCCGAGGGGGAGGCAGCCCCGGGGAGGGGUAGGCAGUGGGGGGCUAUGGGCAGGGCUGUGCCAGCCCCCCAUGGCUCUGUGGGGUGCAGUGCCCCAGCUGCUCCCUGCCCUGCUCAGGGCACAUGGUCAUGGGGGGGUCCCUGCAGACCCCCCACAGCCUGUGGUGGGGCUGGGGAGGACGGUGGGGCCGGGGUUGUGCGGUUGCCCCUGUAACAUGGCGGGACGGAGAAAUACAGGCACUGCUGCCGGU